AUCCCAUUCUCCUGUUUCCCGUUUUCCCUGUGGUCGUAGUGAGUGUGUGGAAAGCGGAGUCUGCUUGCUGCCUCCCUGUGAAUUUUGAAGCACAUCAGCGGCCAUGGCUGAACGCCGCGCCUUCGCCCAAAAAAUCAGCAGGACUGUGGCAGCGGAGGUUAGGAAGCAGAUAGCUGGCCAGUAUGUGGGCUCCCCACAACUCUUCAAAAACCUCAACGUUGGGACUGCCACAACCAACACAGCUCCCCUCACAGAGGCGGUGGAGCCGGUGGAUUUUGAGGAGUACCUCAUCACACACCCUCCCAUCGUUGAGUCGGGUCCCCUGAGAGAUCUGAUUGAGUUCCCCCCAGAUGAUAUUGAAGUCAUCCACACACCCAGGGAGUGUCGCACAGUGGCGCAAGCCGUCCCAGAGGAAGGGGACACUGAUGCUCAUGUCAAAGACAGUGUCAGAUCCUACACAGAAGACUGGGCCAUUGUCAACAGAAAAUACCACAAGCUAGGUACAGGCUUUAACCCGAACACUCUGGACAAGCAGAAGGAGCGUCAGAAAGGCCUGCCCAAACAAGUGUUUGAGGCUGAUGAGAUGCCAGACAGCAGCAGCUACCAGGAUGACCAGGACGACCUAAAGCGGCGGUCGAUGUCUAUAGAUGACACCCCACGGGGCAGCUGGGCAUGCAGCAUCUUUGACUUAAAGAACUCCCUCCCUGAUGCCCUCCUCCCUCACCUACUUGACCGUGCCCCCAAUGAGGAGAUCGACAGGCACAACGAAGAGCAGCGCAAGGCCAACCGCCACCGCGAACUGUUUGCUCUGCACCCCGCCCUUGAUGAGGAGGAGCCCAUUGAGCGCCACUGUGUGCCUGAAGUACCCAAAGAACACUUUGGCCAGAGGCUACUCGUCAAGUGCUUGUCCUUGAAGUUCGAGAUCGAAAUUGAACCGAUAUUUGCUAGUUUGGCCUUAUACGAUGUCAAGGAAAAGAAAAAGAUAUCGGAGAACUUUUUCUUCGACCUAAACUCCGAGCAGACAAAGGGGAUGCUGCGUCCGCACAUUCAGACAGCAGCCAUCUCCACGCUGGCACGCUCUGCCAUAUUCUCUAUCACCUACCCCUCCCAGGAUGUCUUCCUUGUCAUCAAGCUGGAAAAGGUACUCCAGCAAGGUGAUAUUGGAGAGUGUGCUGAGCCCUACAUGGUCUUCAAAGAGUCAGAUGCUGCCAAGAAUAAAGAGAAGCUGGAGAAGCUUCGUGGCCAGUCAGAGCAGUUCUGCCAACGUCUCGGCCGCUACCGCAUGCCUUUCGCCUGGACUGCCAUCCACCUGAUGAACAUUGUGAACAGUGCUGGCAGUCUCGAGAGAGAUACGGAGCUGGAGAUGAGCCUCUCAGAGAGAAAAGGCUCAUGGUCAGAACGGAGGAACUCGAGCAUCAUGGGAAGGCGUUCCUUGGAGAGGACCACCACUGGAGACGAGUCAUGCAGUCUGACAGGCUUUAGACCUGCAACACUUACCAUCACCAACUUCUUCAAACAGGAGGGGGACAGACUGAGUGAUGAGGACUUGUAUAAGUUCCUAGCAGAUAUGAGACGGCCUUCUUCAGUGCUGAGGAGACUCAGACCCAUCACAGCCCAGUUGAAGUUGGACAUUUCUCCAGCUCCAGAGAAUCCCCACUAUUGCUUGACCCCUGACCUUCUACAGGUCAAACCUUACCCAGACAGCAGGGUACGACCCACCAGGGAGAUCCUGGAGUUCCCUGCCAGGGACGUCUAUGUGCCAAACACCACAUACAGGAAUCUGCUGUAUGUGAACCCUCAAAGUCUUAACUUUGCCAACCGCCAAGGCUCUGCCCGCAACAUCACAGUCAAAGUGCAAUUUAUGAAUGGAGAGGAUCCAAACAAUGCAAUGCCGGUGAUAUUUGGGAAGUCCAGCUGUGCAGAUUUUGCUAAAGAAGCCUAUACUGCUGUGGUGUACCAUAACAGAUCCCCUGACUUUCAUGAUGAGGUCAAGAUCAAGCUGCCUGCCUCCCUGUCGGACCACCACCAUAUUCUCUUCACCUUUUACCACGUCAGCUGCCAGCAGAAGCAGAACACACCACUGGAGACCCCUGUGGGAUACACGUGGAUCCCCAUGCUGCAGAAUGGGCGUCUGCGAACGGGACAUUUCUGUCUGCCCGUGUCUCUGGAAAAACCACCACAAUCCUACUCUGUUCUCUCACCAGAUGUUCCUCUCCCAGGGAUGAAGUGGGUGGACAACCAUCGAGGAGUAUUCAAUGUGGAAGUGGUAUCUGUUUCAACCAUUCACACGCAGGACCAGUACCUGGAUAAGUUCUUUGCCUUGGUACACGCCCUGGACGAGCACAUGUUCCCAGUCAGGAUAGGAGACAUGCGCAUCAUGGAGAACAACCUGGAGGCCGAGCUGAAGUCCAGCAUUGCAGCGCUCAACUCUUCCCAGCUGGAGCCAGUGGUUCGAUUCCUUCACCUUCUACUUGACAAGUUGGUGUUGCUCGUAGUGCGACCGCCAGUCAUUGCUGGGCAGAUAGUGAACCUGGGCCAGGCGUCCGUCGAGGUCAUGGCAUCCAUAGUGAACCGGCUUCAUAAGUACUUGGACACCAGCCAGGACAUGCAUGGCCGCAACGGCCUGCUGUCCUCUUACAUCCACUAUGUCUUCCGCUUGCCCAGCACUGACCCCAACUCAUCCUCUCCAGGCCCGGGAGGGUUGGGAGGUUCGGUUCACUAUGCCACCAUGGCUCGCUCAGCUGUUCGACCAGCCAGCCUUAACCUCAACCGCUCCCGUAGCCUUAGCAACAGUAACCCUGACAUCUCCGGCACACCCACCUCUCCUGACGAUGAGGUUCGCUCCAUCAUUGGCAGCAAGGGCUUAGACCGCUCCAACUCGUGGGUGCACACCAUGGGCUGUAAGAGUGCCCCCUGGGGAUCCAGCCCUGGGUCCGCUCCAGAAACCAUGCAGGCCAUGGAGCGCUGUGGCAAUCGCAUGUCUUCGCACACUGAGAGCGCCAGUUUCUUGCAAACUUUAACAGGACGGUUGCCCACAAAAAAGCUCUUCCAUGAGGAGUUGGCCCUCCAGUGGGUGGUGAGCAGUGGGAGCGUCAGGGAGGGCGCUCUACAACAGGCCUGGUUUUUCUUUGAACUCAUGGUGAAGAGCAUUAUCUACCACCUUUACUUCACUGAUCGCUUAGAGUCCCCCAGGAAGAACCGUUUUCCAGAACGCUUCAUGGAUGACAUUACAGCCCUGGUCAGCACCAUCGCUGGAGACAUUGUGUCUCGCUUCCAGAAGGACCUAGAGUUGGUGGAGAGACUAAACACAAGUCUGGCCUUCUUCCUCAACGAUUUGCUGUCAGUCAUGGACCGAGGCUUUGUCUUCACCCUAAUCAGGGCAUACUGGAAACAGGUGUCCACAAAGCUUUACGCUCUGCAGAACCCGACCCUGGAGUCUUUGAGGCUUGACUUCUUGAGAAUCGUGUGCAGCCACGAACACUACGUCACCCUCAACCUGCCCUGCAGCCUGCUCACCCCGCCUGCUUCGCCUUCCCCCUCUGUGUCUUCAGCAACUUCACAGAGCUCUGGGUUCUCCACACAUGUCCAGGACCAAAAGAUAGCCAACAUGUUUGAGCUGUCAGUCCCCUUCAGAGAGCAACAUUUUCUGGCCGGACUAGUACUGUCUGAACUGUCUGUAAUACUUGACCCAGACAAUGAAGGGAUGUUUGGCCUGCAUAAGAAAGUGGUGAGUGUCGUUCAUAACCUCCUGUCCAGCCAUGACUCUGACCCACGCUACGCUGAUCCUGAGGUCAAGGCCCGAGUUGCCAUGCUUUACCUUCCUCUCAUUGGCAUCGUUAUGGAAACUCUACCACAGCUCCAUGACUUUACAGAGUCCCAUAACCAGUGGGGUCGGCCAGGCGGUCCGCAGGGUGCAGCGAUGGGCAGCAGUGGAGAAGAGGCAGAGGGAGAGGGUAACAGCUUGAUCAGUCAGACUGUCGCCAUGGCGAUAGCAGGCACCUCCACCCCCACCCCAAUGUCCCGACCAAGCAGCUUCUUGCUCAACUCGCAGGCGAGUCGUCAGCACGGGAGCUUCUCGGCCGAGUCAAGUCGUAGUCUGCUCAUCUGUCUGCUGUGGGUGUUGAAGAAUGCUGACGAGCUGGUGUUACAGAAGUGGUUUACAGACCUGUCGGUGUCCCAGCUUAACCGUCUGCUGGAUCUCCUCUACCUCUGUGUCUCCUGCUUUGAGUACAAGGCCCAUGUUGUGUUCACCAUGCAGGGGAAGAAGGCGUUUGAACGGAUGAACAGCCUGACCUUUAAAAAGUCCAAAGACAUGAAGGCCAAGCUGGAGGAGGCCAUACUGGGCAGCAUCGGGGCCAGACAGGAGAUGGUGCGACGCAGCCGCGGACAACUAGAGCGGAGUCCAUCUGGCAGUGCUUUUGGCAGUCAGGAGAACCUUCGAUGGAGGAAGGACAUGACCCACUGGCGACAAAACAGUGAAAAGAUGGACAAGAGUCACAGAUCAGUCAGGACCAGAGCAGAGCUGGAACAUGAAGCACUUAUUGAUGGUAACCUCGCGACAGAGGCCAACUUAAUUAUUCUUGAUACUUUGGAGAUCGUUGUACAGACAGUAUCAGUGACGGAGUCCAAGGAGAGUAUCCUGGGUGGGGUGCUGAAGGUGUUGCUCCACAGCAUGGCCUGCAACCAGAGCGCCCUCUACCUCCAGCAUUGUUUUGCCACACAGAGGGCGCUGGUGUCUAAGUUUCCUGAACUUCUGUUUGAGGAGGAAACGGAGCAGUGUGCUGACCUGUGUUUGCGAUUGUUGAGGAGCUGCAGCAGCAGCAUAAGUACCAUCAGGGCCCACGCCAGCGCCUCCCUCUACCUCCUCAUGAGGCAAAACUUUGAGAUCGGCAAUAACUUUGCAAGAGUGAAGAUGCAAGUGACUAUGUCUCUUUCUUCGCUGGUGGGAACGUCGCAGAAUUUUAACGAGGAGUUUCUGCGUCGCUCUCUAAAGACCAUCCUCACCUACGCGGAAGAGGACCUGGAGCUGAGGGAGACCACGUUCCCAGACCAGGUCCAGGACCUUGUGUUUAACUUGCACAUGAUCCUGUCCGACACAGUGAAGAUGAAGGAGCACCAGGAAGAUCCUGAGAUGCUGAUAGAUCUCAUGUACAGGAUCGCAAAGGGUUACCAGACGUCACCGGACUUGCGGCUGACGUGGCUUCAGAACAUGGCUGGAAAACACUCGGAGAGGAACAACCACGCUGAGGCUGCUCAGUGUCUGGUGCACAGCGCUGCUCUGGUCGCAGAAUACCUGAGCAUGCUGGAGGACCGCAAGUAUCUGCCUGUAGGCUGUGUCACCUUCCAGGUAAGGAGAGCACUGGAUACAUCUGUAGUAUGCAUGUGGGGUUUGUGACCAGAUGAGGAGGGCAUUUGCUCAGGAAAAUACUUCACUGAGAUCGGCCUUGUGGGACUCCUGGAGCAGGCUGCUUCCUCUUUUUCCAUGGCGGGCAUGUAUGAGGCGGUAAACGAAGUGUACAAGGUACUGAUCCCUAUCCACGAAGCCAACAGGGACGCAAAGAAGCUAGCCACCAUUCAUGGUAAACUACAGGAAGCCUUUGGCAAAAUUGUGCAUCAGAGUACUGGCUGGGAGAGGAUGUUUGGUACGUACUUCAGAGUCGGAAUUUACGGUUCAAAAUUUGGCGACCUAGACGAGCAAGAGUUUGUGUACAAAGAGCCUGCCAUCACGAAGCUGGCAGAAAUCUCUCACAGGCUAGAGGGUUUCUAUGGAGAGCGAUUUGGAGAGGACCAAGUAGAAGUCAUUAAGGACUCCAACCCUGUGGACAAGUGCAAGUUGGACCCAAAUAAGGCAUUCAUCCAGAUCACAUAUGUGGAGCCGUACUUCGACACGUACGAGAUGAAGGACCGCAUCACUUACUUUGACAAGAACUACAACUUGCGACGUUUCGUCUACUGCACCCCCUUCACUCUGGAUGGGCGGGCACACGGGGACCUGCACGAGCAGUUCAAACGCAAGACCAUCCUCACCACCUCCCACGCGUUCCCUUACAUCAAGACACGCAUCAACAUCAUCCACAAAGAGGAGAUUAUAUCCACACCCAUCGAGGUGGCAAUAGAGGACAUGCAGAAGAAGACUCAGGAGCUGGCCUUCGCCACCCACCAGGACCCUGCUGAUGCAAAGAUGCUGCAGAUGGUCCUACAGGGAUCGGUGGGCACAACUGUGAACCAGGGUCCUCUGGAGGUGGCUCAGGUGUUCCUGUCAGAGAUUCCUAGUGACCCAAAGCUGUACCGACACCACAAUAAGCUACGUCUCUGCUUCAAAGACUUCACAAAAAGGUGUGAAGAUGCCCUGCGGAAAAAUAAGAGCCUGAUUGGUCCAGACCAGAAAGAGUACCAGAGGGAGCUGGAGAGGAACUAUCACCGGCUGAAGGAGGCGCUGCAGCCGCUCAUCAACAGAAAGAUCCCCCAGCUUUAUAAACCUGUACUGCAGGUCAACUCCCACAGAGAUUCCUUCAGCAGAAUGAGUCUUCGAAAGCUUGACAUUUGAAGAUGAAGACCACACACACAUAACAGAAAUUGCAAUAUUAAUUUAUUCUUGAGUGUAAAUAGGAGUGUCUUGACGGUUGGUCAGUGUUUCGGACAGCGUGCUAAAAGGAAGGUUAGAAGUGUUGCAGCGUGGUACGUCAUUCCAGUGUCUUAAUUUGUUUACAGACAAACUGUUACACAAUCAGAGGGACAAACAAGUGGAUCUUAAAGAUUAAAGAGAUACCUUGGCAUUUAGAAUUUUUCUUUGCUAUCAAUAUGUCUCACAAGAGGGACACGUCUAUCCUAUGCUACCACUUAAAAAAAAAAAAUAAUGUUGGUCUUCUCUUUUGAAACCAACAGAAUCUGCUGGAUGUAAACUAACAAGCCACUGAAUAUAAGUGCCAAACAACAUUUUUCUGCAGAAAAGCUAUGAUUUUAAAAGUCAAGGUGUCUAUUUAAUUAUGUACCGUGUCAAAAAUCUGUAUUCAAUUUCAUGUGUGCACUUUUUUUAUUUACGGUGUAGCAAUGCAUUUUACAACUUGAAAGUUUAUGUAAUUCAAAACAGUUGGGGGGGGUGAGGAAAAAAUGAAACAUGCAAAAAAUGGUACCAUUAUUUAUCAUGACGCUUUAUCAUUUUAAGUUGAACAAAUGUUUGAAAGUUAGGUACUUUAAACAUCCUUGUAUAAUUUUAUGUAGUUUUGUUUUGUUUAUUUUAAAUAUUUUACUAAAUAAAUAUUUUAAUGUUC